AGUAAGUUGGUUGUUUUCCAUCACAUGUCUUACUAGCAACUGGCAAAAUAGAAGAAUAGGAGAGACGCCGGCCUAAGCAGCCGAAUUACCACCUGUGACCUGACAAACCAAGACCACCUUUUCUUGUUUUCAACUACAACUCCCUUGGUAUAAAUUCACAACACUUCAGAAAUUGUCGUCUCCGUUUUUUCUCCUAAAUCAGCUGUCCAAAUGAAGAACAAGCUUUUCCUCUGUUUUCGACCUCUUGAUGUUGCAGAGGACUCUCUUAUUCUCAAGCAUGAUGUUGAUCAUCACUCUUCUUCAAGAAAAAAAUAUCAUAAAGAAAAUCCAACUUUGAAAACAAAAGGUAAGAGGAGGAGGAGUAGUAGAAAAGACAAGACAAUAUCAAAAGCAAGCUCUUCAUCAUCUGAACUUUCUUACUCAACUUCAUCUUUAUCAUCAACUACAUCAUCAUCUUCUGACUUAUCAAGAUCAAACUCAAACUCAAACUCAAUCUCAUCAAUCUCAUCAUACGAGCAGAAAGAAGCUAAAUAUGGUUCAGCUGAAUGUGACAACUUAUUAGUCAUGAAUUUAAGCUCGUUUUGUUUGUAUUUUUUUGUUUUCGUUUUGUUUUUGCUCAUCUAUAUGGGUAAGGUUUCUUCAAUAGUUGUAACAUCAGUAGGGCUUAUAGUUUUCUCCUUAGUCGAACGCUGGAAAUUGGAAAAUCCUCCUAUGCAGUUCCCAGAAAUGAAGUAAGAAAUCCCUCUGUACUCACCAUGGUACAACAACGUUUAAUUUCUGAGUUUUUUUCAAUCAAUUGUGUAAGUUUCUUCUA